AUGCUCGACCACAAGGACGCCAUCGAGCACGAGGAGGUCGGUACUCCUGACCUCGUCUCGCACUUUGCCAACAUGCCUCGCGGUCAGGCAAUCCGCAAGUUCUGGCGAGUCUUCUUGAUCGGGAUCUUGAUCACCAGUGCUGGAAUAUACGCUGGUUACACAAGCGCCAUCCCCGGCUCUAUCGUGGCCAACUUGGGUUUCAUCGAUACCUUUGCUACUGUAACCAACCCCCAAGGGCGCAGGAUUCUUGACGCCAACUAUGUCGGUCUCUGGGGCGCCAUCAGCUACGUGACCCAGGCCAUGGCUCAAUUCGCAUCCCCCUUUACGGCUCAAAAGUUCGGUCUACGAUUCAACAUGUGGCUCUUCACCAUCAUGAAGCUUGUUACUAUCAUCACCGAGAUCUUCUCUACCAGCUGGUGGCACUUCCUCCUCGCUAAGGCCUGGAACGGUUUCGCGGCGGGUCUGAUCGGCACUUCACUCCUCUCCUACGCAUCCGAGAUCACCAUGCCCCAGAUGCGCGGUACCGUCCUCUCGUCCUAUGCCUUCUACUUUUCCCUUGGCCAGCUUGCGUCGGCUAUUGCUUUGGAUAUCAUCAACAGGACCAUGCCAUAUGACUUCCGCUUGGCCUUCUACUCUCAAUUUGUCUUCCUCGGCAUGUGGCUUCCCAUCCUUAUCCUCCUCCCGGAAUCGCCCGUCUGGCUGUACAAGCGCGGCAACCACGAGAAGGCCAAGCGAGCUCGAGCCAGGCUCAUCGGCAACGUCGAGGGCUUUGACGUCGAGCACGAGUACGCCGUCUUCGCCCAGGACAUCGACCGCUCUGUCGCCCUCUCUGCCGCCCAUGGUCGAUUCAGCAUGCUCAACUGCUUCAAGGGGACCAACCUCCGCCGGACUCUCAUCUCCACCUCCAUCCUCUGCGCCCAGAACUUUGUCGGUGUUCCCCUCAUGCUCAACGUCGUCUACUUCUUCUCGCUCGUCGGCCUCACCAACGCCUUCACCGCCAACCUCAUCCUUUUCUGUGUCCUGCUCUUCGGUGUCAUGGUUUCAUUCUACCUGGUCGACAAGGUCGGUCGUCGGCCCUUACUCCUCGGCGGUAUCUCAGUCAUGGCCGUCUGCGUCACCAUCUUUGGCGGUCUGGGCUUCAUCACUGUCAGCCCUACGAUCGGGAACGUCAUGAUUGUCUUGAUGGCGCUUUGGGCUUUGUCUUACGCUAUCUCUAUUGCUCCUAUCGGCUGGAUUGCCCUUGUUGAAAUGAGUACGCCAAGCUUGCGAGUCCAGACGGUCGGUAUCGCUGCGCUCAUGCAGUCCUGCGCCAACGUUUUAUUCAGCUACACUGUCCCCCUCAUGCUGUCCCCGCAAUACGCCGGCUGGGCUGGAAAGACUGGUCUCCUCUUCGGCGGUCUCGCCUUCUGCACCCUCAUCGCCGUCUACUUCCUAUUCCCCGAGACCAAGAACCGCACCUACGCAGAGCUGGACGAGCUGUUCGAGGCCAAGAUCUCUGCCAGGAAGUUCUCCUCGACCAAGACUGCCGUAUCGACCGCCAACGAUGUCUUGCAGGCCAGCAGGGCUCAGUAA